AUGCUGUCAAAAACAGGUAGUAGGAAGAAAAAUGGUGAGAAUUCAGGAAAGGGGACGUUUUUAAAAGAACUUGGAACUAUAAAUAAAGGCAUGUAUAAAGAUAAAAUGCGGCCGAGCGCUGCAAUUUCUACAGUUAGUAGUAGAUCCAAGGCCUUGGGAAAAUCCCAUUUGCCUGAGCCCGAAAUGACCCCCAAGGAUGCUAAUAAUGCUAAAGAUUCACUCGAUAAGAAUAAGAAGUCCAUCUGGAGUUGGAAAGGGCUAAAAGCCUUGACCCAUAUCCGAGACCGUAGGUUCAAUUGUUGUUUCUCUCUCCAAGUCCAUUCCAUCGAGGGGUUACCAGCCUUUCUUAAUGAUGUUAGUCUUGUUGUGUGCUGGAAGAGGCGGGAUGGCGAGUUGAUGACGCAACCAGUUAGGGUUUAUCAUGGAGUAGCAAAGUUUGAGGAACAUUUGACACAUACAUGCUCCGUAUAUGGGAGUAGGAGGGGUCCAUACCAUUCUGCAAAGUAUGAGGCGAAGCAUUUCUUGUUGUAUGCUUUGGCGAAUGAUGCUCCUCAGUUGGAUUUGGGAAAGCAUCGGGUUGACUUGACAAGUUUGCUUCCUUUAACUUUGGAGGAAUUGGAAGAGGAGAAGAACUCGGGAAAGUGGACAACUAGUUUCAGGUUAUCAGGUAAGGCUAGAGGUGCAACUAUGAAUGUAAGUUUUGGAUAUUUAGUAAUUGGGAAUAAUAGCACUAGCCUUUCUAGCGGUGGGGAGAUAUCUGUGAUUCAGAGCUUGAGGCGGGACGAUAUAAGUGCGACAAAACUCCUCGGUGAAUUGGAUCAUAAAAAUGAGCUAAAUAUUCAGCUUGUAGAAAGUGUACCUGCUAGGUCGUCUACUUCAAAUAUGUUUGCCGAUGAUAUAAAGGAACUUCACAAGGAUAUGCCAACAUCAAGGUCCAAACAGUCAGAUUCAGUGAUGAUACUCUAUCAGAAGCUUUAUGAAGAGAAUUCUUCAAUUGAUUACAAAAUAGAGGCUGAUUCUUUUUCUGAAUCUGCCGGUCCUCUCAAACCUAAUUCAUGUGCAUCUGAUUCUAGGAAGGAUAGUUCAAAAACUGAAUGUGGAACUACUGAGGGUUUUGUCGUAGAGAAAGGGAUGGAAGUAGAGAAAGGAAUAGAAGGCUUGAAAAAAGAGCAUGUGAAAUCAGACAUCAAUAUGUUGAAUGUUGCUCAAGGUUCUGCUGGAGGGCGUCUUGAAAAUGCCAGCACUAUCAACGUUCCCCUUGACGAGGAUGUCCCCAUUCUUCCUCCUGUUGAGGAAAUUGAUUAUCGAAAAGAUGAGCCAUUGAUAAGUGAUGACAAUUCUAAAGAGAAUGAUUUUUGUACCCGAGAAUCACUAAUGAAUGAACUGGAGACAAUUUUGACUUCUGCCUCAAAUCCGGUGAUUGAAGGAAUUGAUUUUCAAGAAGAUGAAAGUGAAAAGUCCUUGGUUAUUAAGUUGAAUUACGAAGAUCAUGGGAAAGGAAAAUCACUUAGCUUGGAUGAUGUUGAUGAAUCUGUGGUUAGUGAAUUCUUGGACAGGCUGGGAAUAGAGCGUAGCCCAUUUGGUUUGAGUUCUGAAAGUGAGUCCGAGUCCCCAAGAGAGCACCUACUAAGGCAAUUUGAGAAGGAGGCUCUCGCCAAUGGAAGUUCUUUAUUCAACUUUGAAAUGGACAAUAACUCAUCAGACUUUGUUAAUGACUUUCAAAGUGAUUCUGUGUGGGAACCCAUUUAUGAGGACGUCUAUAACUCAUCUGUAGUUCAGGAUUAUGAGGAGAUGACUAAGAUAGAAGCUGAUGCAAUGAGGACUAAGACAAGGGCCUCAGUGUUGGAGGAUUUGGAGACUGAAGCUUUGAUGAGUGAAUGUGGCUUAAAUGGGAAUUCCUUUCAACAUUCUCCACCUAAUAGCUCGGGUGGGUUCGGGAGUCCAAUUGAUAUGUCCUCAGAGGAUCCUCGGCAGCUGCCUCCCCUUGCCAAAGGUUUGGGUCCCUUUAUUCAGACUAAGAAUGGAGGAUUUUUGCGCUCGAUGAAUCCUGCGCUUUUCAAAAAUGCCAAAAAUGUAGGGAACUUAGUGAUGCAGGUGUCUAGUCCCAUAGUAGUUCCUGCUGAAAUGGGUUCUGGAAUAAUGGACAUACUUCAGGGUCUGGCUUCUGUUGGAAUUGAGAAGCUCUCAAUACAGGCAAAUAAAUUAAUGCCUUUGGAAGAUAUAACUGGGAAGACGAUGCAACAAAUAGCAUGGGAAGCUUCAUCCAAUCUGGAUGGGUUUGAGAGACAAGGUUUAUUGCAGCAUGAAUCAGAACGUGCUCAAAAUAUCUCUCGGGAAAUCAUAGUAGAAGGAAAAUCCUCUGGAUCCAGGUUAAAUAAGCUUGAUUCAGGUUCACUUGUCAGUGACUCAGAAUAUGUAUCCUUGGAAGGUCUUGCUCCUUUUGCAAUGGAUAAAAUUGAAGCCAUUUCAAUUGAGGGCUUGAGAAUACAAUAUGACAUGUCAGAUGAGGAUGCGUCUUCAAACAUUAGCCCACAAUCCAUUGGUGGAUUUUCAGCUCUUGAGGGAAAGACAGUUGAUGUUGGUGGCGCCGUAGGUCUUGAUGGGACCGGUGGAUUGCAACUGCUCGACAUUAAAGAUGACAGUGAAGAUGUUGAUGGUUUGAUGGGCCUGUCUCUAACACUCGAUGAAUGGAUGAGGCUGGAUGCUGGUGAAAUUGACGAUGAAGAUCUCAUCAGUGAUCGAACUUCCAAAAUACUGGCAGCCCAUCAUGCUACUUCGUUAGCGUUGUUUGGUGGAAAAUCAAAGGGGGAGAAGAGACGAAGCAAAGGUAGGAAGUGUGGUUUGUUGGGUAAUAACUUUACUGUUGCAUUAAUGGUGCAGUUACGUGAUCCUUUGCGGAACUAUGAGUCGAUUGGUACUCCAAUGCUUGCUCUCAUUCAAGUGGAGAGAGUUUUUGUCCCACCUAAACCUAAAAUCUACAGCACAGUUUUGCAUGUAAGGAACUAUGACAAAGAGGAAGAAGAAGGCAAGACUGCGAAAAGUGAGAACAUAAUGGAGGAGUCCAAAGGAGACCAGAUCCAUGAAGAAUCUGUUCCUCAAUACAAAAUUACUGAGGUGCAUGUUGCAGGUUUGAGAAGUGAGACGGGUAAAACGAAGUUAUGGGGUUCUAGUAAUCAACAGAAGUCUGGCUCUCGUUGGUUGCUUGCUAAUGGAAUGGGAAAGAAGAAGCAUCCACUGAUGAAGUCGAAGGUGAUAGCCAACUCCUCUGCACCAGCUUCUUCACAAGCAACAACUACAGUUCAGCCUGAUGAUACCUUAUGGAGCAUCUCUUCUCGAGUUCAUGGAACAGGGGCUAAAUGGAAGGAACUUGCUGCUUUAAAUCCUCAUAUUCGGAAUCCAAAUGUCAUUUUCCCAAAUGAAAAAAUCAGAUUGUGCUAG